GGCCACGGUCAUGAAUACACAGAUAGUUAGUACGCACACUAGCGCCAACGGCGGCCAAUGGCAUACACGUUGCCUGUCACAUUCAAUUGUCAAUAAUGCAAAAUACGACGUGAAUAUUUGUGUUUGUUUAUAAUUACUGCACGGAUCCACGUUUAAAUUUCCAAGAUGAAUAUCAAGGCAGCUUUGGCCGUUGGUAUGGUCUUUGUUGGAUGUUGUUCCAACGUAGUGUUCCUGGAAUUAGUCGUAAAAGAGGACCCAGGAGCCGGGAACCUUGCCACGUUCCUGCAGUUCCUUUUCAUAGCAACUAUAGGAUUCUGCACAGUCGGCAAAUUUGGCACAGCCAAAAGAAACAUACCCUUCAAGCAAUACCUCAUUUUAGUCGGCUUUUUCUGGACUAGCAGUGUUGCCAACAACUAUGCAUUUGAUUUCAAUAUAUCUAUGCCACUCCACAUGAUAUUCAGAGCCGGGUCACUUAUGGCCAACAUGGCCAUGGGAGUGUGGAUCCUUAAGAAGAAAUACUCAUUCUUAAAAUACUUGUCGAUCUUCAUGAUAUCAGCCGGUACUGCCAUUUGCACGAUACAGUCAAGUGGUGAUGUCAAAGCACCGAGAGAAACUCACGAGGACGCCGAAGAAGAGGAAAGACUCAAGUUCAUCGAUUGGUUGUGGUGGUGUCUGGGCAUAGCUAUAUUGACAUUCGCUCUAUUCGUGUCGGCUAGAAUGGGAAUUUUCCAAGAAUCCCUCUAUGCUAAACACGGGAAACAUCCUUGGGAGGCGUUAUAUUACACUCAUUUAUUACCGUUGGUAUUUUGGCUCCCCACGGCGUCGAAUUUAGUAGGUCACGUUAAGUUGGCGACCGAAACUCCGAUGGUUGAAUUUGUAGGCUUUAUUUUACCUAGACAAGUGUUGUGGUUAAUAUUGUACGUGUUGACUCAAGGUUUGUGUAUAAGUGCAGUGUAUGUUUUAACUACUGAGAGCGCGUCUUUGACUGUCACUCUGACAGUGACUUUGAGAAAAUUCGUGUCAUUAUUAUUUUCCAUAGUGUACUUUAGGAACCCGUUCACAGUAGGACAUUGGGUUGGCACAUUUUUAGUGUUUUUAGGUACAAUGAUAUUUACUGAAUUGUUGCAGAAAUGCGUAGGGUUGUUCUUGCCUGCGAAGGAUGACAAGAAAAAGAAAUAAUACGGUUUGUGUACUAGCUCAAUUUUGUUUAAAAUUUAGAUAUAAUGACCGAUAGUUGAAUACACUAUAUAACUCAGUCACGUAAAUAUAUAUGAUGCUUAGUAACGAAUUGUAUUAUAAUAUUUAUAUUAUAUUUGAAAUAGUCCAGUGAAUAUAAUUUAAUAUUUUUUUUAAAUCAAAUAGAAUCAGAAUCAAAAGGCUAGUGAUAAUGUACAUGUCCAAUAGGUACGUAAACCAUAAUCUUGUCUAUGAUAUUAAAUAACAGAGAGAUAAUUUUUUUUUUCUAUUAUGAUAAUUGUUAAAGAUUUUGAAGAGUACAAAAAUAAAGCAGUUUAUUUUUCCUAUACCAUAUCAUAUUGUCAUGCUACAAUUUGCAACUUUACUGCUAAUUUGUAAUGACGAUAAUUUUAAAUUAUCUUCAUAAUGACUGAGACUUAUCUUGUCGAUUCAAUGUCUCAAGAUUUAAUUGUGUGGAGGCCAAAGGGUACUAUUUUAAAUCAUUUUGUAACCUGUCAUAAAUCAUAAACACAUAGCCAUAAUGAUGGAAGUCAACCUUUAACCUAAUGAUAAAAAUAGGUUCAUGUAACUACAAAGCAUGUAACUACGAAGCAUGUAAAUGAAAAAAGGAAAUUUAAUGAAAAAAAAUAUUCAUAAUUUAAUCAAUAGACAUGCCACACUAUUUAUUAGUUUCGCAUUAAACAUAUUUUUUGUAGUUACGAGUAAGUCACGCAAAGUAUGAGAUUUUUAAUGAUAAUUUUUUUAUGUCCUCGCGCUAUUUUUAACACCGACAAGUGAUCAAUAUUAUGAACAAAUCUAAUAAAUGACUAAUAUAUUUAA